GCGGCUCCCUCAACCUGCCUUCGCGCCUCCCACGCUCGUGGCGCCGGCUCAGCGAGCCGCCCAUGCGGGCCGUGAGGCCCAGGCUGCGCCAGUCCUUCCAGAGGCCUCUGAGUCCCGGGGCUUGGCCUGCGGCAGUGGCCGCCGCUGCGGCUGCCCCCGAGCUCCGGGAGAGCCCGCAGGAAUCCGAGGACUCCGAAGUACCCUGGACGGUGCCCCCGCUGGUCCCCAGCUGGGACAUGGACAUGCCUCCCAGCCAGCGCCCAUCCUCACCUUGGCCAGGACGCGCAGGCAGCCGCCAGGGCUUUUCCAGACCACCCCCUAUACCGGAAAACCCCUUUCUCCAGCACGUUGGCCCUGUGCCGUCCCCUGACCCCCAGCUGGAGGACCCAGCCUCUGACUUGACCAGUGUCUUCCUGGGCACACACCAUGACCUGGGGCCUGGAGAGCUGGCCAAAUCGGCCAGCCCCAGCCCUGAGAAGCCCAAAGAAGAGUCGCACCCUGGGAACCCAUGGCCACCAGCAAAGCCUGAGCCCCCAAACCCAAAGCCCCCCAAGGACUCUCCCCGAGAGCAGAAGAUGCUAAGGCUCAGCCUCUCCCACCCUCUGGCUGCAUAUGACAGGAUGAGGGCCACAUGGCCACCACGGCGCCGCUGGGGAACACUACCCAGUGCCCCAGCCCCCUUGGAGUCCACUGGGGCUCCAGGGCUGCUGCCCAAGGCAGGUGAGCAGCGCAAGGCAGGUCCUGGGCGUCUGGCUGUAGUCCUGCCUCAGGUGCAGAAGCUGAGCUCUUCCCAGCAAGUUAGUUCUGCCACCCUGCAGCCCCCCACCCAGCCGACUGAAGACCCAGAACCCAGCCUUAAGAUGAGAACCUGGAGUGUGCUCUGGUCCUGCCUCUGGCUCCCAGCGGAGACCCACCGACGCUGGCCACGAGUACAUGCCUUCCCCCCAUCCUGCUUCCUGGGCUCUGAAGCUGCCUAUCUGCCCCAUGGGGGCCCCUGGGAAGGGGUUGGCCCCAAAAGCUGGUGGAACAAGAUGCACUCCAUCCGCAACCUGCCAUCCACUCGGUUCCUGGAGCAGCACCGGGAGGAUGGUGUGGAGGACAUGACACAGCUGGAAGACCUCCAAGAGACCACUGUGCUGUCCAAUCUCAAGACCAGAUUUGAACGGAACAUCAUUUACACGUAUAUCGGCAGCAUCUUGGUGUCGGUGAACCCAUACCGGAUGUUUGGAAUCUACGGGCUGGAGCAGGUGCAGCAGUACAGUGGGCGGGCCCUGGGAGAGAAUCCUCCGCAUCUCUUUGCAAUUGCAAACCUUGCCUUCGCCAAAAUGCUUGAUGCCAAACAGAACCAGUGCAUAAUUAUCAGUGGCGAGAGCGGCUCUGGAAAAACUGAGGCCACAAAGCUGAUUCUACGCUACCUGACCACCGUAAACCAAAAGCGGGGCAUCAUGCAGCAGAUAAAGAUCCUGGAGGCAACGCCCCUCUUGGAGUCCUUUGGUAACGCCAAAACUGUCAGGAAUGACAAUUCCAGCCGCUUCGGGAAGUUUGUGGAGAUCUUUCUGGAAGGGGGCGUGAUCUCUGGUGCCAUAACCUCCCAGUACCUGCUCGAGAAAUCCAGGAUUGUGUUUCAGGCCAAAAACGAGAGGAACUACCACAUCUUCUACGAGCUGCUGGCUGGGUUGCCUGCCCAGCUCCGGCAGGCCUUCAGCCUGCAGGAGGCUGAGACCUACUACUACCUGAACCAGGGUGGGAACUGUGAGAUCUCAGGGAAGAGUGAUGCAGACGACUUCCGCCGGCUCCUUGCUGCCAUGGAGGUGCUGGGCUUCAGUGGGGAGGACCAGGACAGCAUCUUCCGUAUCCUGGCCUCCAUCCUGCACCUGGGCAAUGUCUACUUUGAGAAGUAUGAGACAGACGCACAGGAGGUGGCCUCAGUGGUUAGCGCCCGGGAGAUCCAAGCCGUGGCAGAGCUGCUGCAGAUCUCCCCUGAGGGCCUACAGAAGGCCAUCACCUUCAAAGUGACCGAGACAAUACGAGAGAAGAUCUUCACCCCCCUGACCGUGGAGAGUGCCGUGGAUGCCAGGGAUGCCAUCGCCAAGGUCUUAUAUGCGCUGCUGUUUGGAUGGCUCAUCACCAGGGUCAAUGCACUGGUAUCCCCCCAGCAGGACGCACUGUCCAUCGCCAUCUUGGACAUCUAUGGCUUUGAGGACCUGAGCUUCAACAGUUUUGAGCAGCUAUGUAUCAACUAUGCAAACGAGAACCUUCAGUACCUUUUCAACAAGAUCAUCUUCCAGGAGGAGCAGGAGGAGUACAUCCGUGAACAGAUCAACUGGCGGGAGAUCACCUUUGCUGACAAUCAGCCCUGCAUCAACCUCAUCUCACUGAAGCCUUAUGGCAUCCUGCGCAUCCUUGAUGACCAGUGUUGUUUUCCCCAGGCCACAGACCAUACAUUUCUGCAAAAGUGCCAUUACCACCAUGGCGCCAACCCACUCUACUCCAAACCCAAGAUGCCAUUGCCUGAAUUCACCAUCAAGCACUACGCAGGCAAAGUCACCUACCAGGUGCACAAGUUCCUGGACAAGAACCAUGACCAGGUGCGCCAGGAUGUGCUGGACCUUUUCGUUCGGAGCCGGACACGAGUGGUGGCACACCUUUUCUCCAGCCAUGCCCCACAGGCUGCCCCUCAACGCCUGGGCAAGAGUAGCUCCAUCACCCGACUCUACAAGGCUCACACAGUGGCAGCUAAGUUCCAGCAGUCACUCCUAGAUCUGAUCGAAAAGAUGGAGAGGUGUAACCCCUUGUUUGUGCGCUGCCUGAAGCCCAAUCACAAGAAGGAGCCAGGCCUCUUUGAGGCAGAUGUGGUCAUGGCACAGUUACGCUAUUCAGGGGUGCUGGAGACUGUGCGGAUUCGCAAGGAGGGCUUUCCAGUGCGGCUGCCUUUCCAGGUGUUCAUUGACAGGUACCGCUGUCUAGUGGCCCUUGAACACAACCUGCCAGCCAGUGGGGACAUGUGUGUGUCCGUGCUGAGCCGCCUUUGCACAGUCAUGCCAAAUAUGUACCGCGUUGGCAUCAGCAAGCUCUUCCUUAAGGAACACCUACACCAGCUGUUGGAGAGCAUGCGGGAGCACGUCCUGAAUCUGGCAGCCCUCACUCUGCAACGCUGCCUUCGUGGCUUCUUCAUUCAGCGCCGUUUCUGCUCCCUGCGCCGCAAGAUCAUCAUGCUGCAAAGUCGAGCCCGAGGCUACCUGGCCAGGCAGCGGUAUCAGCAGAUGAGAAAGAGUCUGGUGAAGUUCCGGUCCCUGGUGAACACGUACACAAGCCACCGGCGCCACCUGAAGGAGCUGAGAAAGCGGGAGGUGGUAGCUGUAGGACACCUGGAGGUGCCAGCAGAGCUGGCUGGGCUCUUGCGAGCAGUGGCAGGCCUCAGGACAGCCCAAGUGCCCCGGGUGGCCUCUGUGCGGACUCCCCGGCUCCAGGCUGAGCCCCGUGUCACUCUUCCCCUGGAUAUCAACAACUACCCCAUGGCCAAGUUUGUCCGGUGCCACUUUAAGGAACCUGCCUUUGGGAUGCUGACAGUGCCCCUGAGGAUGCCCCUCACUGGGCUGCCAGUAGAGCACCACGCAGAAGCCGUGAGCAUCUUCAAACUGAUCCUGCGUUUCAUGGGUGACCCCCACCUGCAUGGUGCCCAGGAAAACAUCUUCGGGAACUACAUUGUACAGAAAGGGCUGGCAGUGCCUGAACUACGGGAUGAGAUCCUGGCACAACUGGCCAACCAGGUGUGGCGCAACCCCAGUACCCACAAUGCCGAGCGGGGCUGGCUCUUGCUGGCUGCCUGCCUCAGCGGCUUUGCACCUUCCUCGCGCCUCAGCAAGUACCUGCUCAAGUUUGUGUCUGAUUAUGGGCAGAAUGGCUUCCAGGCCGUGUGUCAACGUCGCCUCAUGCAGGCCAUGGGCCGGGCCCAACAGCAGGGCUCUGGGGCUGCCCGCACCUUCCCUCCGACCCAGCUCGAGUGGAUAGCAACCCAGGAAAAGGCCAGCAUGGCUUUGGAAGUGGGCUGCUUUAAUGGUGACCAGUUCUCCUGCCCAGUACACUCCUGGAGCACAGGGGAAGAGGUGGCUGGAGACAUUCUAAGGCACAGGGGGCUGGCAGACGGCUGGCGGGGCUGGACAGUGGCCAUGAAGAAUGGGGCUCAGUGGGCAGAGCUGGCAGGCCAUGACUACGUGCUGGACCUGGUGUCAGACCUGGAGCUGCUCAGGGACUUCCCACGACAGAAGUCCUACUUCAUUGUGGGUGCAGAAAAGCCCAUGGCCACCAGGGGAGGCCUGAGAGCGGUGUUUGGGAACAGCUGGGACUCGGACGAGGACACCCCUACUAGGCCCCAGCCACAGGGGCAUGUGCCCAAAGUCGCUGACUCCAAUGGGUACUGCAGCCACAAUGAGGACAGUGCAAAUGGGGAGACUGAGGCCCAGAGAGACUUAGACAGCCUUGGAGAGCCUGCUGUGUCCCACAGAGGGCUGGACUGCUACCUGGACAGCCUCUUCGACCCUGUGCUGUCCUAUGGGGAUGCGGACCUGGAGAAGCCAACAACCAUUGCCUACCGUAUGAAAGGAGGAGGCCAGCCUGGUGGAGGUGGCAGUAGCAGCACUGAAGACACGCCCAAGAGACCCCCAGAGCCAAAGCCAAUCCCAGGCCUGGAUGCCUCCACCUUGGCUCUGCAGCAGGCCUUCAUCCACAAGCAGGCUGUGCUGCUGGCCAGGGAGAUGACCCUGCAGGCCAUGGCACUCCAGCAGCAGCCCCUGAGUCCCACCCCACAGCCCUUACCCCUUGAGAAGCCCCUAGCACCAGAGGCACGGCCAAAGUUCAUAGGCACUGGACCCCCAGCCAAGCCUGUGCUCCUGCGCUCCACUCCAAAGCCCUCAGUCCCAGCCCCUCUGGCCAAGGCCCCCAAGCCCCCCACCAAGCCUGUGGCUGCCCCCAUUCUAGCUCAGGACCGGGCUUCUCCAGAAACCACUUUGCCCUGCCCAGAGCUGGUCCGGUACUCCACCCUCAACUCCGAGCACUUCCCGCAGCCCACACAGCAGAUCAAGAACAUCGUCAGGCAGUACCAGCAGCCACCGCAGGGAGGCCAGCCCAAGGCCCUCAGGAAGGACUGCGGAAGGGUGUUCGGGAAGCGGCCAGACCCCCAUGAGGAAGCCCUGAUGAUCCUGAAGGGGCAGAUGAGCCACAUGGUGACAGCACCUGGUACUCAGGUGCCCAGGGAGGCCGUGGCCCUGGUGAAGCCAGUGACCAGCGCACCAAGGCCAUCUGUGAGGCCCACUGCAGCGCUUCCUUCGAGGUCGCUGGACCCUCCUGAGGAACCAGUGCAGACGCAGCUACACCGCCUCCCAAACCCCAAUUUCUAUGGCUACCAGGACACCCCCUGGCAGAUCUUCCUGCGCAAAGAGGUGUUUUACCCAAAGGACAGCUACAGCCACCCUGUGCAACUAGAUCUCCUGUUCCGGCAGAUCCUGCAUGAUACACUCUCCGAGGCCUGCCUGCGCAUCUCUGAGGACGAGAGGCUCAAGAUGAAGGCCCUAUUUGCACAGAACCAACUGGACACACAGCGGCCCCUGGUGACGGAGAGCGUGAAACGGGCUGUGGUCAGCACUGCACGGGACAGCUGGGAGGUCUACUUCUCCCGCCUUUUCCCUGCCACGGGCAGCGUGGGCACUGGCGUCCAGAUCCUAGCUGUGUCCCACACAGGCAUCAAACUCCUCCAGAUGGCCAGGGGCAACCGGGAGGCCAGUGGGCAGCUGCGUGUCCUGCGCACAUACAGCUUUGCAGAUAUCCUUUUUGUGACCAUCCCCUCCCAGAACAUGCUGGAGUUCAACUUAGCCAGUGAGAAGGUCAUCCUCUUCUCAGCCCGAGCUCAGCAGGUCAAGACCCUGGUGGAUGACUUCAUCCUGGAGCUGAAGAAGGACUCGGACUACGUGGUUGCUGUGAGGAACUUCCUGCCUGAGGACCCGUCGCUGCUGGCCUUCCACAAGGGCGACAUCAUCCACCUGCAGCUCCCAGAGUCCCCUCGAAUGGGCUACAGUGCCGGCUGUGUUGUCCGCAAGAAGGUCGUGUACCUGGAGGAGCUGCAGCGUAGAGGCCCUGACUUCGGCUGGAGGUUCGGGACCAUCCACGGGCGCGUGGGACGCUUCCCUUCUGAGCUGGUGCAGCCCGUGGCUGCCCCUGACUUCCUGCAGCUGCCUGCGGAGCCCAGCAGGGGUCGUGCUGCUGCCGUGGCUGCCGCUGUGGCCUCCACAGCUGCUGCAUGGGAGGUGGGCCGCAGGAGAGAGGGUUCCCCCAUCAAGACUGGCUCAGCUGACCGUGAGGAAGACCGCCUGGCUCUCCCACCGUACACAAUGCUGGAGUUUGCCCAAAAGUAUUUCCGAGACCCUCAGAGGAGGCCCCAGGAUGGCCUCAGGCUGAAAUCCAAGGAGGGCCGGGAGUCCAGAACCUUGGAAGACAUGCUUUGCUUCACCAAGACCCCGCUCCAGGAGUCCCUCAUCGAGCUCAGUGACAGCAGCCUCAACAGGACGGCCACCGACAUGUUCCUAGCUGUGAUGCGGUUCAUGGGGGACGCCCCACUGAAGGGCCAGAGUGAACUGGAUGUGCUUUGCACCCUCCUGAAGCUGUGCAGGGAGCAUGAGGUCAUGCAGGACGAAUGUUACUGCCAAAUUGUGAAGCAGAUCACAGACAACACCAGCACCAAGCAGGACAGCUGUCAGCGAGGCUGGAGGCUGCUGUACAUUGUGACUGCCUACCACAGCUGCUCUGAGGUCCUCCAGCCACACCUCGUUCACUAUCUCCACAAUGUGAGCCAGACCCCAGGCCUGCCCUUCCAAGGAAUCGCCAAGGCCUGUGAACGGAACCUGCAGAAAACCUUGCACUUUGGCGGCCGUCUGGAGCUUCCCAGCAGCAUGGAGCUUCGGGCCCUGUUGGCGGGCCGCAGUUCCAAGAGACAACUCUUUUACCUCCCUGGAGGCCUUGAACGCCAUCUGAAAAUCAAAACAUGCACUGUGGCCCUGGAUGUGGUGAAGGAGAUCUGUGCUGAGAUGGCUUUGACACGCUCUGAGAACUUUGAUGAAUAUGUCAUCUUUCUUGUCACCAACCGAGGCCAGCACGUGUGCCCACUCAGCCGCUGCACCUACAUCCUGGAUGUGGCCUCAGAGAUGGAGCAGGUGGAUAGCGGCUACAUGCUCUGGUUCCGGCGCGUGCUCUGGGAUCAGCCACUCAAGUUUGAGAAUGAGCUAUAUGUGACUAUGCACUAUAACCAGGUCCUGCCCGACUACCUGAAGGGCCUCUUCAGCAGCGUGCCAGCCAGCCGGCCCAGCGAACAACAGCUGCAGCAAGUGUCCAAGCUGGCUUCACUGCAGCACCGGGCCAAGGACCACUUUUACCUGCCCAAUGUACGGGAGGUCCAGCAGUACAUCCCGGCUCAGCUCUACCACACCACGGCCGGCUCAGCCUGGCUCAACCUGGUCAGUCAGCACCGGCAGCAGACACAAGCGCUCAGCCCCCACCAGGCCCGUGCCCAGUUUCUGGGCCUCCUCAGCGCCUCACCCAUGUUCGGCUCGUCCUUCUUCUUCAUCCAGAGCUGCAGCAGUCUUGCUGUGCCGGCCCCCUGCAUCCUUGCCGUCAACCAGAAUGGCCUCAACUUCCUCAGCAUCGAGACUCACGAGCUGAUGGUGAAGUUCCCCCUGAAGGAGAUUCAGUCGACAUGGACCCAGAGGCCCACAGCUAGCUCCAGCUACCCCUAUGUGGAGAUCGUGCUGGGGGAUGUGGCAGCCCAGUGUACCAUGCAGCUGCAGCUGGAGCAGGGCCUGGAGCUGUGUCGAGUGGUGGCUGUGCACGUGGAGAAUCUGCUCAGUGUUCGGGAGAAGCAGCUCACGCUGCCCCCCAGUGAGAUCACGCUGCUCUGACCCAGCCGCCAGCCCUACAACUGCCCUCUGCCAGAAGGCUUGCUCUGUGGCCCCAGGGGAGUUACUGGGCCUCUCUGUGCUAGUGACCUCUAUAAAGGCCAGAACCUUGGGGGAGACCAAGAGGUGGUAGGAGGAAUGACCCAAGUCCCUGGGAACCCAAGACUCAUUCAGAGUUGGGAUGGAAUCAAAAUGUGCAAUCUUGGGUCAGACAGCAGGAGGAACUUCCAAAGGUGCCCCAUGGGGCUUCCUGCCACGUACACACUGCAGGCCCUGGCUCUGACUCCCACUGGUGGCAGGGAAGUCCCAAACCAGUGGCCUGGAUUGAUGGGUCUAAUGUUCAAAUCUGCUCCACUUCUCAGCCCCUCACAUGUCCUCCUUAUUGUCUCCUGCACUGCUGCUCAGCCCAAAUUCAUGACCUUUGGUCAUUUCUGUGCAAAUAAAAGGUGCACCUGAGAUCCAUUCCUCCAUGAGUUGCUGGAAAACAAGUCUGAGGGAGGAGGCAGGAGUUGGAGGCCUAGUUGUACCCGACUCAUUGCCUAUGAACAGCACUUCCAGCAGAGACAUGUCUUUGCCUCUCUCUGCAGACCUUUGUGCCCCAACUCCACACUCCUUGGGUAGCCCCAGCCCUAGACCCCCAUCACUGGAUGAGUUUGCUAGGAAUAGAUGGAGGGGAGGGGAAUGAACAUUCCAGAGGAAAUGGUGUUUUUUCCCUGCUAUAUCCCUCAGAGCCUAAAACAAUGCAUAACACAAAGUAGGCACUUAAAAAAUACUGGUCACAUGAAUAAAAGAAUAAAUGAAUAUUAAUAGAAAGUGCUGGUGCUUUGGGGAAUCUGUGGGGGAGGGGAGCAGUAGAUUUGGGAGAGGAAGUCUGGAUAGGCAUGUGGGGGCAUAAUUGGCUAGAGCCAGUGUCAGAGGAAGGAUUCAUUUAUUACCUAUUAAGCACCUACUGUGUACUAGGCAAAUGCUAGGCACUGGAAAUUGCUCACAUUUAAAAGUAUAAACCAAGACAAGGCCUGUAAAUGGGAAUUAGCUGGAUGAUGAGGGGACUAAACAGCGUGUGCAGAACCCCUGAAGUGGGCAUUACUAGGGGGUGGACAUUACUUUUGAAUUGUCUCUAGUAAUUAUUGCCUUAUCCGUGAGCCUACUUGUCCUCUUGAGGUUUUUUUCUGGCAGGAC